CACACACACACCUCUGCUCUAAAUCCUCCCACAUACACACACCCCUCCCUGCUGGCUCCUUUGUAUGUGUGUACCGCAUCGCUCCGGGUGGGAUGACCUCCCCCUCACUGGACUGCCAGAGGACACUACGGCGGCUAUGGUGAGCGCUGCUGGGAACGCUUGACGCCGGGACACAUGUCGUGGAAGCGGAACUACUUUGCUUCGGGCAGCGGGCUGCAGGGGAUGUUUAUCCCACGCACCAUGACCUCCAUCGCCCCCAGCAAGGGCCUGAGCAACGAGCCAGGCCAGAACAGCUGCUUCCUCAACAGCGCCCUGCAGGUCCUCUGGCACCUGGACAUCUUCAGGAGAAGCUUCCGGCAGCUGACCACCCACAAGUGCAUGGAGGACUCGUGCAUCUUCUGCGCUCUGAAGAGCAUCUUUGCUCAGUUCCAGUUCAGCAGUGAGAAGGUGCUGCCGUCGGACGCCCUGCGCAGCGCUCUGGCCAAGACCUUCCAGGACAAACAGCGCUUCCAACUUGGCAUCAUGGACGACGCCGCAGAGUGCUUCGAGAACCUCCUGAUGCGAAUCCACUUCCACAUCUCCGAUGAGACCAAAGAGGACAUCUGCACGGCCAAGCACUGCAUCCCCCACCAGAAGUUUGCCAUGACGCUGUUUGAGCAGUGUGUAUGCAACAGCUGUGGAGCCACGUCAGACCCUUUGCCCUUCAUUCAGAUGGUGCAUUACAUCUCUACCACCUCUCUCUGUAACCAGGCCGUGCGCAUGCUGGAGUGUCGGGAGAAGCCCACGCCGGACAUGUUCGGAGAGCUGCUGCGCAACGCCAGCACCAUGGGAGACCUACGCAGCUGCCCGGGUAACUGUGGGGAGAUGCUGCGCAUUCGCCGGGUGCUCAUGAACUCCCCCGAGAUCAUCAGCAUCGGCCUGGUGUGGGACUCGGACCACUCGGACCUGGCCGAGGACGUCAUCCACAGCCUGGGCACCUGCCUGCGCCUGGGAGACCUGUUCUACCGUGUGACGGACGACCGGGCCAAGCAGUCAGAGCUCUACCUGGUGGGCAUGGUGUGCUACUAUGGGAAGCACUACUCCACCUUCUUCUUCCAGACCAAGAUUCGCAAGUGGAUGUACUUUGAUGAUGCACACGUCAAGGAGAUCGGGCCCAAGUGGAAGGACGUGGUGGCGCGCUGCAUCAAGGGCCACUACCAGCCGCUGUUGCUGCUCUACGCUGACCCCCGCGGGACACCUGUGGCAUCGCAGGACGCGCCGCCCCAGCUGGACCUGCAGCACAGCAGCAAGGGCUACGACAGCGAGGACAGCGGCCGGGAGCCGUCCAUCUCCAGCGACACGCGCACAGACUCGUCCACGGACAGCUGCAGCUACCGGCCGAGUCGCUCGCCGCACGACUCGCUGACCAGCCACUUCUCCUCAGACUCACAGGGCACAGUGGUCUGCAGCCCAGACAGCCCAGCAGGCUCCCAGCACAGUGUGGAGACAGAAGGUGAGGUGCUGCUGAAGGAGCAGCCCAGCCCCGUGUCCACGCCCCGUCCCUCCAGCAGGGGGCGACCUCAGCAGGACUACCCGGACGCCGGCACCCUCCUGAUGCACGGCCGGCCCCCGUCCUGCGCCAGCUCCGGCCUGGGCGGCUGCGGCUCGUCGGAGGGCGGCAGCGGCUGCGGGGGCGGGGGCACUCAGGGCAGCGUGGGCAGCCUGGGCCGGGGGCGGGGGCAGGAGCGCGACGUGUGGGAGGACGAGAGCACCAGCAGCGAGUCCAAGUCCAGCUCGUCCACCGGGGGGCGCUGCUACCGGCCCGCCUGGCGCCCGCGGCGAGAGGCGCUCAACAUCGACAGCAUCUUCACCCGCGACGGCACGGGUCGGCGCUGGCAGCAGCCGCUCUCCGCCCUGCCCGGCAGCCCACCGCUGGGGGAGUCCGGGGGGGUGGGGGGGGGAGGAGGCUGCGGGGCGGGGGUGGUGGAGGCGGCCGCGUGCGACGGGGAGAUGGAGCGACUGCGCGCCCCGCCACCACCACGCCUCAUCCAGAGGAUGGAGAGCGGCUACGAGAGCAGCGAGAGAAACAGCAACAGUCCCGUCAGCAUGGACAUGCCCUUGCACGAGGCUGCUGGCGCCAACACGCACAGAUGUGACCCUCUGGUUCGUCCCAGGGAUGCCCUGAAUAAGAGGUCGCUGACCUUUGGGCCGUCCUGGCGCUCCGUGCCCAAGUCCAAGAGCAGCGGUGCCAUCCUGCAGGAGCUGCCCUCCCCGAGCUGGGCACGAGCCCCCGCCCCCGCCGGCCCAGCCGAGGGCCGCAGCGAGCUGGAUGAGCUGCAGGAGGAGGUGGCUCGGCGGGCGCGGCAGCAGGAGAUCCAGAGGCAGAGGGAGAAGGCGAGGGAGGCGGCUCAGGCCUUCAACCCCAAACCCAGCAAGUUCAUGGACCUGGACGAGCUCCAGCACCAGGCUUCACUAAGAUUGCCCAUGCAUGAGGCUAACACUGAUAGCAGGAGUGUGUCUGCGGCCAGCCGGCUGCAGGGGUGCAUGCAGAGGUCAGGAGGUCAGCUGGAGGUCGCACGGCCGCCGGAGCAGAGCCGACCGCACGGGCCGCACAGUGAACAGCCUGGCCCGCUCCAAGUACUGCUGACGAAAACCCCCCACCAGCUCUGGGACACCAAUCAGGACGCUGCCCUUGCCCUGCCCUCCCUUUCCCUCCCUCAGUCCCCCUCCUCCACCAAUCAAACGCCAUCUUUCUCUCAGAGCCACGCAUCAGUCACCUCCCUCGCCUCCACACAGCAGUCACCCAAUAGCCGCGCCAUGCCUGGGAGUAAUUGCGAUUGGCCAAGGUCGGCGGAGGAGGCGGGGCCGAGGGAGGACGAGCGCUGGGAGGGCGUCAGGUUGUCUGACAUCCUGCAGGCCUCAGGUGUGUCCGUCCGGCCCCUCCGCAAGCACCUGGCCAUCUCCCUGCCCUCGCUGCCCCUGGACGCCUGGAGCCUGCUGGGGAGGGUGGAGCAGCACAGCCAGGGCGUGACGGGGUCAGACGGCCUCCCUCUCCCUCUACCUCUCCAGCUCCCAGCCUCUGCCCAACCACCAGCGCUACCGCCACCGCCCGCUGCUGCUGCUGCUGCUGCUGCUGCCCACACGCCCAGCCCCGGAGACGUGGAGGAGAAGCGAGGGAGGAGAGAGGAGGUGCAGGGCAGAGAAGGGGAGAACCACCUGCGUCUCCCGCUGUGGCACCCGCUAAGCUCCGCCUCCCAGCGCUCCCCCAGCCUAUCCCGUAUCAGCCCCAGUUCCCCGACCCCAACGAGGCCCACGUGCCAUUGGUCAUCCUGGAGCCUGGACUGCCCCAAUGCUGUAGUGGCGCCAUACAAGACUCCCCCUGACAGCACCUGGGACCCCUGCUCCCCAGCCCAUGAGACCAGCCCUUCAUUAAGUUCCAGGACGCAGGGAGGCACGUCCCGUCCUGAUCCCUGGUCCAGUGCUCCUGACCAGGGGGCAGGGAUGCAUAGUGCCCCUGUCCGAAGAACUUGCUCUGGAGCUGACCUGGAGCCUGUGGAACAGGAGCUUUCUGAGCUGGACUCCCUCUACCAGGCUAGUCUGAUGGCCCAAGGCAGCCCUGCUACAGCUCCCGCUGUUGCUGGAGCCAGAGCAGUGCCGUCGGCGGCUCGUAAGCUGAUGAUUGGACGAGGACGCUCUCGGACCCCCACGGCCGAGAUCGAGCGCAGCGCUUACGGACCUCCAGGCUGUCCCCGCCCCCCCACCUGUGUCAAUAAUUCUGCGUGGGGCCUGGAGCUGGAGCAGCGUGCUGAGCAGGAGGGGGAGUGUGAUGGUGAUCAGAUGAGACGCUUCACUCGCAGUCUGAGUGGCACCGUGAUUGGCCCACACCACACCCGCCUGGCUCUGUCCCGCAGCUUUAAGCUUCCAGAAGACCAUCAUGUGUUUUGCAAAUCUCUCAGCUUAGCCCAUUUCAACCACAUACCUCACCAUCAUGAUCCUCAUCACCACCACCACCACCACCACCACCAUCAUCGUCUUCCUCCUCCGUCACCACCUCCAUGAGCUUCGUCCUGCCCACCCUCAUCUCUUCCUCAGCCCAGACACAUCUAUGUAUUGAUGGGCAGCUUGGGUCUCUCAGCCCCUGUCUGCAGGUGGACAUGGUGGUGGAGAGUAAGGUAAAGGCUGUCCCUCCUGGCCUUUCCCUGGGUGCACCAGCAUAAAUGAACCAUCUCCACAUCCAGGUGUUCAUAGCACUCCUCGUGUGUGCAUUUCACAUUUGACAUUUUUGGUUACGUUUUUCUGUAGCAGUUCUUGUGUUUGUGUGUUUGUUUCUUUUCUUUCUUUUGGUUGGUUCUGGAGCCUGUCCAUCACUCUCCGCCGUCCCUCCCUCCCGCAGGAUGCGUCGCGAGGGUCUGGAAAGUUCUGGCUGUGCCUGACGGGGGUGCGUGUGUCUCAGUGGCCUGGAGCAGCUGACCGGGCAGGGUUCCACUGAUCUGCAGCGCUCCGGUGCAGGCAUUCUGGAGGGCCGACCCCUGCUGGGGUCCUCAGUCCUCCUCCAUCAGAAGAUCCCCAAGCUAACCCUCCAGCAGAGCAGCCGGACCCUCCAGGCUGACCCCUUACCUCUGAGCUCCAGGCGGACCCAGGCGGACCCAGGCCCUUCUACCCUCUGAGCUCCAGGCGGACCCAGGCCCUUCUAUCCUCUGAGCUCCAGGCUGCAGCUGUAGCUCUCAGCUUUAGUGUAUGUCUCCAAGUCCUCAACUCCAGCUCAAGCUCCAGCACCACCUGUGUUUCAGUCUCAGCUCCAGAGCUCAGUCCUCGAUCCACAGCUUCACCAUCAGUAUUGGCCCCAAUCCUCCAGCCAGCCCAGAGCUCCAGCUUCAGCAUCAGUAUCGGCCCUGAUCCUCCAGCCCAGAGCUCCAGCUUCAGCAUCAGUAUCGGCCCCGAUCCUCCAGCCCAGAGCUCCAGCUUCACCAUCAGUAUCGGCCCCGAUCCUCCAGCCAGCCCAGAGCUCCAGCUUCAGCUCCACUAGCAGCACCUCAGUCUAAGCCCUCAGCUUCAGCUCCAGCCUCUGAACUCCAGUGUGAAUCAGGCAGGACAACACUGCAAUUGGUCAAAGGAAGUUCCCCAUUCCUCAUUCCUCUCCUGCCCCACCUUAUGCCUCGUCCUUAAAUUGUACAUAUUGUCUCUUUAGCCCCUCACACCUUACCCUCCCUUACCUGUUCUUUCUCAAGCCCUCCUCCUGUCUGUUACCCUCCCAGCACCCUGACGUAUCACAUAUCCAGGGGUUUUGCCAUCUCUGCCCCACUUAUGUAGAGAAGGCUGGCUGUCCCGAGUGACUCCUCGAGCCCCCACAUCUGUCUCUCAGGAGGAGUGACUCCCUGGCCCUCCCACACACACACACACACACACUUCCUGGACGGAGCAUCCGGAGGCGCGAUGGAGCUUCUUCCUCAAAGGGGGACAACAGCAAAGGGGGACAGCGGCCGGGCUGGCCUUAGGGUCAGAGGUCGUACAGGUCACGCUGGCAGAGAUGGCAGAGAUUCCUCCUCCUCCUCCCCUCUCUCUGGUCCUGCUGCAGAGUCCCACACAGCCCCCCCACUCUCACACACACACACACACACACACACACACACACACUCACACACUCACACACACACACUCACACCCUCACACACUCACACACCUGCCCCCCAUCCCCUACUGGGCCACUUCUCUUAAUUAAAAUGUCUAACAGGAAGUCAUAGGAGAGCCAGAGUUUGCCCUGUGGCUUGCUGGCUCAGUUUUAAUAUCGCUGAUUUCCAUUUAGGAACGUCCCUUCCCCUACCCUGCCAGUACUGACACCAUGAUUAACAUAAGAGAUUGUGUGCGCGUGUGAGUGAAAGGGUGUGAGGGUGUGUCCGUGUGUGUGUGUGUGUGUGUUGGUGUGUGUGUG